AUGUGAUUUAACCCGAAAGUCCCUUAUGUUUACAUCGCCACACUACAAGAGCCAUCGACAUUGUAAUAUUUUAUUCAAAAGUAUUGCUUGUGGCAUUCAGUUAAACCAAAAAUGGAUAACUAUAAUAAACAAUCGUUGAACUCAAUGCCAGGUCCUGUUCCAGAUUUCAGAGGGAACGAUGGAUCAUUGGUUUCAGUACUGAAGACGUUGCUGUUCUUCACAAUCAUGAUGAUAACCCUGCCAAUAGGAUUAUAUUUUACAUCAAAAUCAUAUCUCUUUGAAGCUUCUGGAUAUUCCAGCAAUGACAGUUAUUUUUAUGCUGCCAUCGUGGCAGUGAUAGCUGUCCAUGUGAUCUUGGCCUUCUUUGUGUAUGUUGCAUGGAACGAGGGCUCAAGUCAGACGAGAGCGGGAAAGCAGGACUAGGAGGAGCAGGCUGUGUGUGGACCAGCAGAAGAUGACCACAUCAAUACCACCACACAGAGAGAAGACGGUGAGGCUAAACUGCCACCUACAGCCGGUGAUGUGGUGCAACAGUGGAUGGUUGAUGUUCAGGAUUUAUGCGCUUGGAGAGACAUGAAGGUAUGCAAUGUGGUGGUCAGGGGUCAGAAAAUAGAGCAAUUGCUCAAUGAGUUUGUACAGUUUUACCAGUUAAAAAAAUAAGGGAUAACUAUGUCUAAAGACAUGGGGCCCUAUUAAAUCUAACCUGGUAACUGGGUUCUGGGGAUGAGUCAAAAACAUGUUUUUAUAAGGAAGGGAAGAGUGUUGUAUUUUGGUGUGUAUUGUCAUAUGCCAUUAGGGUAAUCAAUCAUCAUUCAGUCAUUGUUUUUAAUUUAAAUACUUGAUAAACAUAUUUGUAUCAACCUGAUAUGAACAGCUGUGGCUUUGCAUCAUAGGUUAGAUUGUAUCAAAAUGAAAAAUAAUGGAUAAAAUAGAUGCCUGAUGAUAAUGCUUGAUGUCGUUUACCACAAAUCCACUUUAAAAGUCUUCAUGUUCAUAUGAUUUUUGCUUUAGAAUGUUUUUUCUCACAGAUUCCAUCAAAUGUGAUUUGCACAUUCUAGUUUGUUGAACUCCCAAGGCUCUUCUUGACUGUCACGUAUGUUGUAUUUUAUGUUUGUUUUCACUUAAUUUGAUACAUUUCAUAAAUGAAAUACCCAUGAA